GGGGCUCCCGGGGCUCCUGGCCAGAGCGCUUUCUCUCGCUGCUCCUCUCUUCGGCCCUUUCUCUCUCUGGCACCUCGGGCGGCUGCGGUGGCAGCGGCGACAGCGACCCCAGCAGCAGCGAGCGGCGGGAGCGGGUGGCCGUGACGAUGAAGUGCAAGCCCAACCAGACGCGCACCUACGACCCGGAGGGGUUCAAGAAGCGGGCGGCGUGCCUGUGCUUCCGGAGCGAGCGCGAGGACGAGGUGCUGUUAGUGAGUAGCAGUCGGUACCCGGACCGCUGGAUCGUGCCGGGCGGGGGCAUGGAGCCCGAGGAGGAGCCGGGCAGUGCGGCUGUCCGAGAGGUGUUCGAAGAGGCGGGAGUCAAGGGGAAGUUAGGCCGGCUCCUGGGCAUUUUCGAACAGAACCAAGACCGCAAGCACAGAACGUACGUGUACGUACUGACCGUCACCGAGAUUCUGGAGGAUUGGGAAGAUUCGGUUAGCAUUGGAAGGAAGCGAGAGUGGUUCAAAAUCGAAGAUGCGAUCAAGGUUCUCCAGUGCCACAAGCCCGUGCAUGCCGAAUAUCUGGAGAAACUAAAGCUGGGCGGCUCCCCAACCAAUGGAAACUCGGUGGCCCCAUCUCUGCCACAGAGCGAUCCCUAGUAUGUACCGCUCCUGCACAGACUUCUGCUUUCCGCCUACCUUAGAAUAAAUAGUGCCCGGAGCACCUCUGCUGCCUAGUGCGGUUUCUCGGGGAGGAGGGGGGCUUCUUUUGUUUCCUUGGCAGACCUCUGAAUCACGCUUGCAAACUGUCUCAGUUGCCAGGCACUGUUUUCAGACAAUUUGCACGUUUUUCAGAUGCUUUGAAAAUCGCUGCUUCGUAGGACUGUAACAGAUUUCGAUGAACAGCAAAGAUCUGCAUGAUGGCUUUGAAAGAAUCAUUGAUGUGAACCACUGAUCAAUGGAAUUUUCAAGUGGAGGUGAGCGUUUCUGAAAAUGUUUCCAAGGAGACAGCUCAUCUGAUUUCCCUCCUGUAUCUUGGGACACUCUUUACCUGUCUAUGCCACUGACUUUUCUUGCCCUGGUUGUUGUACUAUUGUACAUGAACAGACUCUGAUUUCAGCACCUAUAGCCUAUUGUUGCGCUUUUUUGAUGUAUCUGCCUUCUCCAUUAGACUGUGAUAUCAUUGAGAGCAAAGACCACAUUUCCUUACUGUUUGCAUAUUCUGCAUAUGAAACACUACUUGAAAUUUGGUUGACAUCUCUGAAGGUUCUUUGAAUUCACAUUUUGUAAUCACUAUGUGGCAAAACAUUCCCCUUUCGAUUGGUGCUAGUAGAAUAUAUGCUGUGUGGGCACCAAGUGUGAGGCUUUCCCAUAUCAGGUGUUUCAGAAACUUUUCAAGGCAGUUUUAAGUUGUUCAAGGACAAGAAUUAUUACCCAUAAUUCUCUGUCAUACCACAAAGUGGCUAGCACCAUUUUGAGAUUUACCCCAUCAUUUAAGGACAACAUUUUGUAGAACCGGUCCUUUGUGUAACAACUUUAGUGUUUUUGUACUGUUGUUACUUUGCUGAAAAUUUUAUUCAAAAAAUAUCACUUGCUAUAAAACUAUAAAAUAAAUACAAUGAACACAAUAUAAUAUUGUGAAUUUUUAUAAAAAUAAAUUUUAAAAUGAUAUAUUUGAUGUUUUUGCAAUGCCCUAACUACUUCUUUCAUGUGAUCUUACCAUCCCUUUGAAGAUUGUUUUUCCCAGUUUAUAGGUUCAGGAUACUCUAUUAUUUGAUGCCAGAGCUAACAAAAACUGCGGUACAGGCAGUUUCCAAAGUUAAUUAUACCACUUACUUUGCCUAGGUUUAUUUUGCCUCUCUUACUGAUACAGUUGGCCAAUUUUCAUCCCCUUUUCUGACACACUCAGCUGGCUUCUCAUUCUACCUGGUUUCUGCAUAUGAGAAUGUGGAGGAGAGUGAGCUAAAUUGUUGUCACUUAGAAAAGGCAUUGAAGAAAAAAAUCUUCUGUAGGGGGGAAUAGAAGAUGAAGAAUUUAUAUAGAGAGGACUUGGGUCAACUGUGUCCAGGAGAGCAACUUUAAGAAAAAUGACAAAGAUUUUUAGAGAUAAUUUUAUGGAGUUUUACCAUGGGGUUUGUAAUGUCAACACUCUUACCCAGCUUCAUACAGAGGCCCCAAAGUAGCUUUAAUAUGGUAGUUUUCUUCUUUUGCAUUUAUAAAGCAAUUACAUAAGCAAAAAACGUGAGCUCCGUUUUAGUGUUAUACUUUUACUCAUGGUACCAGUGAAAUAUAUUGUUUCCUUAAUCCUUACAGAAUUUGAAAUUGCACAUCUCCCAAUUUAUUGGGUUUUUUUAAGAUGUGAUAUAGUACUGUGGUUAUGUUUUUUUAAUCCUUAUCUUUUAGAGAAAUGUACUGUAAAUUUUACAGAUGAAAUGAUUAUGCUACUGAUAUUUGCUUCAAAAUAACCUGGGGGUGGGGUAGAUGAGCAUAUAGAUAAAAUGAGAUUGGUAAUAAAUUGAUAAUUUUUGAAGCUGUGUGACAGAUAUUUGGGAGUUCAUUAUACUCUUCUCUAUACUUUUGUAUAUAUUUGAAACUUUCCAUAAUAAAAAUUGAGUAACAA